UCAAGCGCGGCCCCUUUUUCUCUCGCGAAACCCUAAAAAUUUCUUCUUAUCGAUCUCCUCCUUCCCCUCGAAAGUGAAGCUUGCUGCUGUUGUCAUGGCGAAUUACUUGGGGAGAGGGGGGCAUUUGAAUGGCUCAGUGUAUGUUUGCAAAUUACCUCCUGGAACAGAUGAGAAUAUGCUGGCUGAGUAUUUUGGCACCAUAGGGUUGCUAAAGAAGGAUAAGAGGACUGGUCGGCCAAAGAUUUGGUUGUACAGGGAUAAAGCUACUAAUGAGCCAAAGGGUGAUGCCACAAUUACGUAUGAGGAUCCACAUGCAGCUUCGGCUGCUGUGGAGUGGUUUCACCAGAAGGAUUUUCAUGGAAGCAUCAUUGAAGUGUACAUAGCAGAGCAGAAGACUAAGGAUCCAGUUGAUCAGUCAUAUGGUUAUGUGGCAGAUGCAGGUUUGGGAGCUGAUGUGGGAGGUGAUGAUGAAAAUGGUGUUGAUUUGAAUGAUGGCGCAGGGAGAGGUAGAGGACGGGGUGAUUCUUCGGGUAAAGCUUGGCAGCAGGAUGGAGACUGGUUGUGUCCAAAUACAAGUUGCUCCAACGUGAAUUUUGCAUUUCGGGGAGUAUGUAACCGCUGUGGGACAGCUCGCCCUGCUGGUGCUGGUGGAAUGGGUGCCAGUGGCGGUGGUCGAGGGAGGGGUCGUGGUGGGGGUGAUACUGGGGGACGUGGACGUCCUCCUGUUGGUGGACCUACAGGGCUUUUUGGUCCAAAUGAUUGGUCUUGUCCAAUGUGUGGCAAUAUCAACUGGGCAAAGCGCACAAAGUGCAAUAUUUGUAACACCAAUAAGCCAGGCCACAAUGAGGGUGGCGUGAGAGGAGGUCGUGCUGGAGGCUAUAAAGAACUUGAUGAGGAAGAAAUUGAAGAAACAAAAAGGCGAAGAAAGGAGGCUGAAGAGGAUGAUGGGGAGAUGUAUGAUGAAUUUGGCAACCUAAAAAAGAAAUUCCGUGCAAAAGCACAACAAACUGAAACUGGACAAUCCCUUCCUGGUUCAGGGCGUGCUGGAUGGGAAGUUGAAGACUUAGAAAGACGAGGUAGAGAGCGAAGCAAUGACCAAGGAAGAAAUCACAGGGAGGGCAGCAAGAACCGAGAUAGAGAUGGGCAUGCUUAUGAUAGGGAGAGGCGCCCGAGCCGGAGCAGAGAACGGGAGAGGGGGAGAGACAGAGAUCGAGAUCGAGUUCAUGAUUAUGACGGAGGCCGGGAAUAUGGUAGGGAUAGGGAUCGUCAUCGAGACUGGUAGAUUUUGUGAGGACAUGGGUGCAAUAUACCAUGUAAUUGUUUUUUUGUGUUCAGACUUCUUUCAUCUUAUAUUGUCAUGCUCAAGAUUUCUGUGCAUACUCGGAGCUAAACUUCUGCUUUGUGGAAAUUCCUAUCUAUGUGUUUUUAACUUUUUUUGCCUUUCUCUUACCUGAAGUUAAUCCCUGUUUGUGUGUGCCAAGUAUUUUGGAUUUCA